AUGAUCCCGGCGCCCAGCUCGUCGUUCUCGCUGUCGGACCUGGCGCCGGGCCGGCACUACGAGCUGUGCGUGCUGGCCGUGUUCUCGGAGGCGCGCAGCUCGCUGCCGGCCACGCGGCCCCUGGGCUGGGAAAUGGGCAAAACAGGGACAGAUGAUCCCGGCGCCCAGCUCGUCGUUCUCGCUGUCGGACCUGGCGCCGGGCCGUCACUACGAGCUGUGCGUGCUGGCCGUGUUCUCGAGGCGCGCAGCUCGCUGCCGGCCACGCGGCCCCUGGGCUGCGCCCGCUUCUCCACGCGCGCCGCCGCGUGCCGCUCGCUGCAGCCGCAGUUCCUGGGCGGCACCAUGAUCAUCGUCAUCGGCGGCAUCAUCGUGGCCUCGGUGCUCGUCUUCAUCUUCAUCCUGCUGAUGAAGUACAAGAUCCACAACAACCAGCCCAAGGCCAAGGGCAAGUCCCACGUGUGCUCGCAGACCAACGGCGGCUCCGUGGGCAGGUCCAGCUCCUCCAAGCUGGAGCAGCUGGAAUGUUCCGGAACGGCGGGGAAGGGCAGGGCGGGGGAGUGGGAGGGCGAGAAAGGGGAGGGGGCGGAGGUGGGGUCGUGA